UUCAUAUCCCAGAAGACAACUUCGAUUCCAUCAACAAAAAAAUGGCAUGCAAAAGCUACUUGCGGAACAUUUAGUCGUUAAAUAAAUUGGUUCAAAUUAUACAGUAGUUAAAAAAUUGUUUAUAUCAAAAAAAAAGGCUCAAAUGUUUUCAGAGUCUGGAAUAGAUCUUGAUUUUGAUGUCUUCGAUCAAAUAGAGGAAGACCACAAGUUUUUUGAAGUAAAGUUAAAUAGUCUCACUCAAUCCAGGAAAGACCCAUCUAUGCUUAUGGACCCAAAUUUAGUUACUGUGAAACCUGAUCCAGAUGCUUCUUGCCCUGAUAUAUCAAAUGCGUGUCAUAACUCUUUUACUCGUACUAAUUUUAAACAGAAACUUCAAAGAGAACAUCUCAUUGAACUAGAGCGAAAAGAACAAGAUCGCAAAUUCCUUACAGAACAGGAAAAUCAAAAAUCAAAUAUAAAGAAAUUUUUUAAUGUAUCAUCAUCAAUUCCAUUCUCUACUCCAAAAGAAGAUUUUUCUCCUAUUAAAUCUUUACCAAGCAAUCUUCCAACAAGUGUACUUAAGGUGGAAACAAAUCUACAGAACCCUACACAAUAUUAUAUAAAGCAACAACAAAAACGUCAAGUUAGAGAAUAUUUGACCAAUCAGCAAUUAAACAAAAAUCAUUCUAUAAUGCCUAUUUCAGCACCUUCUGUGUUACAAAACUCUAACUUUAAUACUCAAUUUCCUUCCAACUUUCAGCCAUCAGUAUCACAUUUAUCGCCUAAUAGUCCUGAUACUGCAAGUUCAGUUGCUAGUGGAAGUGAGGUUGAUAGUGUAUUUGAAGACUUAUUUGCAUUGGAUAAUAGUGUUGAUCAGGAUUUUUCUAUAUUUUCUGAUAACAUAUUUUCAACAACACUUCCAGCAGGAAAUAACAUCUUUAAUACUUUUGCAACAGAAAAUAAUCAAGAGGAGAUUAAAGAAAAAAUCUCAACUUCGUGUCCCAUUAAACAAGAACAUCAUGAAGGAUUUUUAAAAGAUAGACAGAAAAAAGACAAUCAUAACUUGAUUGAACGUAGAAGAAGAUAUAAUAUCAAUGAUAGAAUAAAAGAGUUAGGAACCCUGGUACCAAAACUUGACAAUGAUUUUAAGCAAAAUAAAGGAACUAUAUUAAAAUCAUCGGUUGAUUAUAUUCGAAAACUUAAAAAAGAUCGCGAACGUUUGAGAUUAUAUGAAGUUCGCCAGCAGUCUUUAGAAGAUUCGAAUAAAAAACUACUGUUAAGAGUUCAGGAACUGGAAUUGAUACUACGAGCAGCUAAUAUAUCAACUGUUCUUCCAGAACCAGAUUUUAGCUUCUCGAGUUCCCCGCAACUUGCUCAACUUCUUGCGGCUCACUCCUCCAAACAGCAACACAAAUCAUCUCUCCCGCUAAAUUCUUUUCAAAGCGAUCUCCAUAAACUUUUAAUGAAGUCAAAUUCUUCUCCCCAACUAGGAACUAGUUCAGAGACAAUAGCUACUACUAUAAGUGAGAGUUUAGAUAGCCCCAAAUUUUUAUUAGAAAAGGACGACUCGAUUACUAUCGAUACAGAUUAAAAUCAUGUUUUAAUAUAAAAUUACAAUUCAUAAAGAAUUUAAACAGGUGCUCAACAUAUUUCUAUUUCUCACAGAGUUUGUUUUUUUAAAUACCUUUUUUUAAUCUCAAUUUUUUUCUAAGCAUACCUUUUGUAUAUAUGUACAUAUAUAGACACAUUUUUUCUUUCUACUUUAUUGAUAGUUGAUGCCAUUAUAUUUUUUAACGCGAAUUGUAAAUAGUUGAUAGAAUUUAAAUAAAAAAACAGUAAACUGAA